AUGACCAACAUCGGCAAAGCCUGCGAGGCCUGCCGGGUCCGAAAAACGAGGUGCGACGGCAACGAACCAUGUGCCCGCUGCCUCAACCGGAACGUGUCGUGCGUCUACCGCACUCGGACCAGGAACCGGCCGCGUAAGUCGCAGGCAUCGGCCACGGCCACGGUGGCCUCGUCCAGCUCCAGCAACUCGGAUGAAACGCCCGGAUCGUCUCACUCGACCCACGAGCCGCAGGGCAGCAAGCCCAAGGACGACAACAGCUGGGGGUUCCAUGUGCACAGUGUGGCAGCCAUCACGACGUCGCCGUCAUCCAUCAUCCAGCUGCACUAUGGGCCGUCGUCCAACUUCUCGAUGCUACACUCCAUCUACCGGCUGAUCACAGGCAUCCAGACCCCACUAACACGGCGCGAAGAGGUGGCCCAGGUUGGCCCAGGGCUGGAUCUGUUUCAGAACCGGCAGCUCUUCUUUGGCGACUUGGCCGAUAGCAAGUCUACCACAAUAUCAAAUGACUAUUCUGCAAUGUUCCUGAAUAGAGAGCUGUGCGAUCGCGUUCUGGAGCGGUACUUGGCCACCUACUGGCACCUGUUGCCCAUCCUGACCAAGGAGGACUUCCGUCGUCGCACCGAUCUGCUCUACUCAUCACCAGGGCUCUUCUCUUUUGAUUCUCCCGAUGUCGUGGUGGUCAUGCUGGCAAUGGCCAUUGGUGCCUCAAUUCUAGAAGAGGAAACACUGGCGCAGUUUCUCUUCCAGCGAGCAUCACAGGGAGCCGAGAAGCUGGCCGAGCUCGUCAACAUCCAAGCAAUCCACAUCCCAUUGUUGCAAGCGCAGUUCCAGAUGGAGAGAUCCCGACCGCACUCUGCAUUCCUAUACGUUGGUGUGGCUACUAGGAAAGCGGUUGCAGCAGGUCUACAUAGGGGCAUUAGCAUUCGAGGGCAGAUGCGAGACUGCUUACAGCGUCGCCUGACCUUUUGGAGCCUAUUCAUCCAGGAAACCUGGAUUUGCUUCUGCCUCGGACGUCCGACAUCCAUUUCAGAUCCAGGCGGCGGUGUCCCCGUGCCGGCGGAGGAAAAGUACUUGCUGGCCCUUGUGAGGUUGGCAAGACUCAUUUCGAAAUGUGCGGCGCGCAUCUAUAACCAACGCCACGAGUCACUGCUCCAUAUGUGGAACGCUGCAACGGAGCUUCGACAUGAGCUCCAGGCGUAUGUAGAGCAGCAACUGUACGAAGUUCACCUCGACAUCCAGGGAGAGCCAGGUACUGGCGAAUGUGGAUUUUGCAAGACCAUCAUGGCCUCGAUGUAUUAUCAUGCUCAGCUAUUAAUGUUCCGCCCCUUCCUUGUUCUCAGGGGGAAACUGAGAAGCCCGGCGCCGCAGGCCGGUGCCGAGUCUAGCGACAAGCUUCGAGAGCUGACGUGGCUGGAUACUGCAUGUGAAUACUGCCUUGAGCCGGCUCGCCAGAUUAUUAAGUACAUUAAUAAGUCGUGCGAGAUCAACCCCCUCUGCAAGGACACAAAAUACUUUUCCUUCUUCCUCGAAGGCGCCUGCUAUGUGCUGGGAUUCGACAUGCUCCAGGACAAAACCAAAGUAGACGCCCACUUACCGUGGCUUCACGUUGCUCUGGAGUGUCUCUCCACAAUGUCUCCAACCAACGAGGCGUCGCCGUCUCAGACCCAGAUUCUUAUCAAGGCCAUCAACCGCAUCAUCUGCACGGUUGCCCCCUGCGCCAACUGCCCCUGCCGCAGAAUAGAAACAACCCUCGCCGAGACGCCUCAGUGCCCCACUGACCCAUCACUCCCGUUGGCUAACAACCUGAUGACGCCCUCCGAUACUUCUGUUUCUGCGUACCCGCCCUCCAUACCAUCCAUGUCACUAAACUACUAUGCGCCAAACGGCUCCCGAGAAUCGAUACCGCCAAUUCUUUCUGCUUGUAACGACGGCCACUCAUGUGUCAUGAACCUUCCAGGGGCUCAAGAUCCGGAUUUCGACUGGAGGAUGAUUGACGUGGAGACCCUCAUGUCAAUCGAUCCGUUCGAGUUCAUCUUGAAUGCGAGGAUGAAUGAAGAAGGAGGGCAGCCAUUAAUGUGA